AUGUCGUCUUCCAUGAUUCCACUGGGCGCGACUGCGCAACGGGUAAAGAUGCUUGAGUGCGGCCCCUGUGCACUCCGCUCAGCGAUGCGGAGGGCCGGUCGGGGGGGCUGGACACCGCCGCUGGCAGACCUUGCUGUGGACAUUGUGGCCGGCGCCCUCACUCUCACCAGCGCAACCGAGGUUCUCGUCCCCGCCUCACUCGUGCACUAUGUGGAGUCCUGCAGGGCGGAGGCAACACGGACUGCCCGCAGCGCGCUGACACAGCAGCCAUGGCGAGCGUGGGACGUGGCACUCGAGGAACAGCGCCUGGUGACCCUGGUCGCGGCCCGGGACGUGGCCCACUUCGUGAGCAGCGACUGCUACGGUGGCGCAUACCGCACUUUAUGUGUCCCCGUUCCGGCUGGACCUCUUGUGGCACAGCUCGACUUCGGCAUCCCUGUGGACACGUUUUAUGCAGAGGUGCUGCCAGGGGUGCUGGACGCGGUCGAUGCCAACGGUCGUGUUCGGUGGCGCGCUUGGAUGCGGUCGGCUCUUACGUGUGCGUACGAAGGCACGCACGUACCACCGAUCCGCACUGCAGAGUACACGAGUCAGCUGCUUCGGCAGAGAGGCGGGUGCGAGAGCGUGAUGUGGGAGGCUGCCAUGACAGGCCUGACCCCUCGCUGGUUGGAGACGGCGUCCAAGACGGCUUUAGCGGUAGGCGUGCCACCAGGGUCACUGGCAUUGGCACUCCCGGAGGAGUCUAGCUGCACCGCACGACUCUUGGCCAAGUCUGUCGAGGUUGGCGUCGUGGCAUGGGCCACGUGUGCGGUUGUUGACAGUCCUCUCUACCCUCACGCAUCCCCCCUGGCCUCUCCGCAGUCCGUGCAGCUCUUCGCGACGGGCUGGAACGAUGUAUCUGCAACUGAGCCACCAACGUGCGAUGGCGACGACAACGCGUUUGAGGCUGCGGAGGAGAGUCUGGUGCAGUGCCUCGGUUUUGUGGACGCGGUCAGGGAGCGCGUCACAGCUCUCCUGCGCAUCGACGCACGCGAGAAAGACUCCAAGACUCAGGUGUGUUACCCAAGCACACGCACCGGCAGCUAG